AUGUGGCCACCAGUAAUUCAACCACCAACAUCCUCUCGUAAUUACAACGAACAUCAUCCAACAUUUGAUAUGACUACCGCUUUUAGAACUGUUCGAACAAAUGGAUUAGCCAACAACACAAAUUCCUCAACUGGAUCAGAGAAAACGAUGGCGGCAGCUGUUGCAGCGUUUAAUGGUUCAUUUAGUGUUAAUACACUUAUUCAACCCGAUAUGCGUUAUCAUGCACCCACAGCAGCAAAUCAUUUUUUUAAUACUCUACUUCAUACCUAUCCCUAUGUGAAUGCAUUUCGACCAUUAUUGAAUACAUCUACAAACUCAACAUCAUUACUCUCAUCGUCUUCUUCCUCUUCAACAUCCGAAUCUGCAUUUGUACCAGCAAAAAAAUUUAAACGAGAUAGUACUGGAGAUUAUAAUAAUCAUUUAACUCCGAAAAGUGAUCGCGGUGAAACAUCACAUGUAAAUGGAUGCGAUGAAAAUCGAUGUGAUACACCAUCAGAACGAUCCAGUAACGAUAGUUUUGGAAAAUAUUCUGAAAAUCGAUGUCGUUCAACAUUUGAUUUACAAAAUCCACUAUGUCCAAUAUGUAAUGUUUCAUUACAUGGUUCAGAUAUUGGAACACAUAUUCAACUUGAAUUAGAUGCAAUGGAACGAUGUUCAAGACAAAUAAAAUAUCGUACAAAUUCCAAUGGUGGUGAUCAUCAUUUACCCAGUAAAAUAUUACAAGAGAAUAAUAUUAACAAUAUUGAUCAAACAUGUAAAACACGUUAUGAAACUUAUUUGAGAGUGCGUACAAGUCGACAACAAAGAUUCAAUUCAAAACAACUUCAUCGCCGAGGUAGUCGUGAAACUCGAAAUUGUCCAAUUUGUUAUCAAACAGUAACAACGAAUAAUGAUGAAGAAUUUUUUUAUACACAUGUUCAACAAUGUUCAAAAAAGAGAGAACAUCUUGCUGCAGUGGCUGCCGCAGCUACAAUGAAUCAACGAUUACCAAUGGAGUGUAUGAAUCGUGCAUUAGCUCUACAAGCCAGUCAAAAUCUAGCUGUUAACCUUUCACAAGUUAUGAACGGUUAUAAUUUAGUCGUGCCUCCCACCGAAUCAGAAGAGGCCGAUAUUAAUGUUGUCGAUACGGAUGCAGAAAAUGAUAUCAUUAAUAAACGAGCAUGCAAACGAAUUAAAGCAACAACAUCCUCCGCUUCAUCCGGAUCAUCAAGUGGAGGUGGAGGUGGUCAAGAAUUAUUCUCUCCAAAUCAAAGUGACACAAGUAAUCGAUGUCAAGAAUCAUUUAACAGUGACCAAAGUUUUCAAAGAUCUCCAAAAAUGCCUGAAAUAAAUGAAAUUGAUCCACCCAAAUGUCUUGUUUGCUUGCUAUGA